AUGUUUUGGCUAGUCAACAGGUCACGAGUUUUUCUUGAUCAAAUGGUGCUUUUCGAUACCAAAUGCUCAAACUUAUAUUCGCCAAAGAAAAGUCCGCAGACCCAACACGGCACGGAUCGUGAAGAAAUUCACACUUUUAAAUUCGAAAACACAAGUUUAAAUAACUCUGUGAUGCACAUGAGUACCCACACACUUAAUGUGUACGCAAACAAAAGUAUAAGAGACUCGGUGAUGCACAUGAGCACUAACGCUGACGAGAAACCACAUUCCUGUGAUCAGUGCCAGGCUAAAUUUAAAUACAAAGGCCACUUGACUGCUCACAUAAAGAUACACACUGGUGACAAACCAUAUAGCUGCGGCUUAUGUGAGGCGAAAUUCACGAAGAAGAGCAAUUUAACUACGCACGCCAGGACGCACACUGGCGAGAAACCGUUCACUUGUGACGUGUGUCAGGCUAAAUUCACAAAAAAGAAUAAUUUGGUCACACACAAGAGGUCGCACACUGGGGAGAAACCGCACUCAUGUAGUGUGUGCCCGGCUAAAUUCGCAUAUAAAGGCCACUUAACCACUCAUAUUAGGACGCACACUGGUGACAAACCUUAUUCAUGUGACGUGUGCCAGGCAAAUUUUACGAGAAAAGACCAUUUGACCAGCCACGCCAGGACGCACACUGGCGAGAAACCGUAUUCCUGCGACUUUUGCCAGGCAAAAUUUACACAGAGGUGUAAUUUAAUCACUCAUAUGAAGGUGCAUGUCGGCGAGUCACCGUAUUCUUGCAAAAUCUGUGAGUACAAAGGUAGAGUGAAGAGAGAUAUGGCUUCCCACAUGAGAACUCACAUUGCAAAAGUUAGUCUUGAUUAUUUGUGACAUAUUUGCUGAUAAAUGUGCUGAAUAGAUCAGAUCCUACAUUCUUGUAAAAAAUUAUAAUAUCUAUAGGUAGAUACAUAUAACAGAUGUACUUGACGUUUCAAAAGUGCUUA